AAAAUAAGGCCCAAUGGCCCAAACCAAAAAUAUUAAAACCAAUAUUUUCAAGGAUAAGGAAGCCUAACAAGGUAACCAAGAGAUGAGAAACAAAUUGGAUGAUAGAUAAUUGUUUUUAGUGUAUUUUACAGCUGAUUUAAAACAUGGGUCAAAACCGACCCGUUAACAUAAGAGAUGGUAACAGAAAGCAAACACAAGAGGAAGGUUAAAGAAGAAAAAUAUCAAAAUGGCCCCCGCAUAAUUUGAUUUUUCAGUCUGCGGCCCUCGGUGGAAAAAGUUUGGACACCCCUGCCCUCGCCGCUCGACUCUUUAAUGGCACCGUCGGCGCGGUUCACAACAUCCUCGCACACGACAUGCUGCUCUGCUUCCGUCCGCCUCCAGCCAAGGCGGCUCCCCUAUGUGGGUGAAGGGCUCCUGCCGUGAAGAGUCGCCGGUGAAAGGACGGAGAAAAGGCUGCUCGGGGAACCGCGGGAGUCGGCUCGCUGGCUGCUGUUAGCCGCGGAGAAGCUAGCAGCGCCGCCAUCAUCUCCGCUCCUCUUCCCACGUCUCCCGCUGACAAGCCCGAGGACGGAUGGAAGCAUGAAGGCUGGAUCUAGCCCGCCAUCUGCCGCCCUCUGAGGGUUGCAGCAAUUUUGUUUGACUGAACCGGGAGAAAAAGAGGAAGAUGCCUCCCAGGCCGUCCUCAGGGGAAUUAUGGGGCAUCCACCUAAUGCCUCCAAGGAUCCUGGUGGAUUGCCUAUUGCCCAAUGGGAUGAUUCUGACCCUGGAGUGCCUCCGUGAGGCUACGCUCAUUACCAUCAAGCAUGAGCUCUUUAAAGAGGCCAGAAAGUACCCGCUCCACCACCUUUUGCAGGAGGAGACCUCCUACAUCUUUGUCAGUGUUACUCAGGAAGCUGAGCGGGAGGAGUUUUUUGACGAGACUCGAAGAUUGUGUGACCUUAGACUUUUUCAGCCCUUCCUUAAGGUCAUUGAACCAGUUGGCAACAGAGAGGAAAAGAUCCUGAACAGAGAGAUCGGUUUUGCCAUUGGUAUGCCGGUGUGCGAGUUUGACCUGGUGAAGGACCCUGAAGUUCAAGACUUUAGGAGAAACAUUCUGAAUGUGUGUAAGGACUCUGUGGAGCUGAGAGAUGCCACCGGGCCCCACAGCCGAGCCCUCUAUGUCUAUCCACCCAAUGUAGAAUCCACACAGGAACUACCAAAACACAUUUACAGCAAACUGGACAAAGGUCAAAUUAUUGUUGUAAUUUGGGUUAUUGUGUCUCCAAAUAAUGACAAACAAAAGUAUACAUUGAAGAUAAACCAUGACUGCGUGCCCGAGCAGGUGAUUGCAGAGGCCAUUCGUAAGAAGACACGCAGUAUGCUGCUUUCCCCCGAACAACUAAAGAUGUGUGUUCAGGAAUAUCAGGGUAAAUACAUACUCAAAGUUUGUGGCUGCGAUGAGUACCUGCUGGAAAAGUACCCUAUCAGCCAAUAUAAGUACAUCCGUAGUUGUAUCAUGCUAGCCAGGAUGCCUAACCUGAUGCUCAUGGCUAAGGACAGCCUCUACACCCAGUUGCCUCCUGAUAACUUUGUCAUGCCGUCAUACUCACGCCGCAUCUCCACAGCAACAUCAUACAUGAAUGGCGAGGCAGCUGCCAAGUCGCUGUGGACAAUCAAUGGAACACUCCGAAUACGGAUCCUCUGUGCCACCUACGUUAACGUCAAUAUAAGGGACAUCGACAAGAUUUAUGUGAGAACAGGCAUUUACCAUGGAGGAGAACAGAUGUGUGACAAUGUGAACACACAAAGAGUGCCCUGCUCCAACCCCAGAUGGAAUGAGUGGCUGACCUAUGACAUGUACAUCCCGGACAUCCCCCGUGCUGCCAGACUUUGCCUCUCCAUUUGCUCAGUCAAAGGCAGGAAAGGAGCCAAAGAGGAGCACUGUCCUUUGGCCUGGGGAAAUGUCAACUUGUUUGACUACACCCACACUUUGGUGGCGAGCAAGAUGGCACUCAACCUCUGGCCUGUUCCUCAUGGCCUGGAAGAUCUCCUUAACCCCAUUGGUGUCACGGGCUCCAACCCCAAUAAGGAAACACCAUGUCUGGAGCUGGAAUUUGACCAUUUCAGUAGUCAGGUCAAAUACCCAGAUAUGAAUGCUGUUGAGGAUCAUGCCAACUGGACAAUCUCAAGAGAAUUGGGGUUCAACUACAACUUCUCUGGUCAGAGCAAUCGUGUGGCAAGAGAUCACGCCCUGACCGACGGUGACACGGAUCAAAUGAGACAGCUGAGUAACAGAGACCCUCUCUCAGAAAUCACUGAACAGGAAAAAGACUUCCUCUGGAGACACAGGCACUAUUGCAUGAAUAUCCCAGAGAUCCUCCCCAAGAUCCUCCUCGCUGUCAAAUGGAACUCCAGAGAUGACGUAGCACAGAUGUACUGCCUAUUGAAGGAAUGGCCCUCCAUUCGUCCAGAGCAGGCCAUGGAACUGUUGGACUGUAACUACCCGGAUCCCAUGGUCAGACACUUUGCUGUCCGCUGCCUGGAUAAAUACCUGACCGAUGACAAAUUGUCUCAGUAUCUCAUCCAGCUUGUACAGGUGUUGAAAUACGAGCAGUACCUUGACAAUCCCCUGGCCCGUUUCCUCCUUAAAAAAGCUUUAACGAAUCAAAGAAUAGGACAUUUUUUCUUUUGGCAUCUCAAGGCUGAAACGCACAACAAAACAGUGAGCCAAAGAUUCGGUCUGCUGUUAGAAGCAUACUGCAGGGCUUGCGGCAUGUAUCUCAAACACCUCAGCAGACAAGUGGAGGCCAUGGAGAAGCUCAUCAACCUCACUGAUAUCCUCAAACAGGAAAAGAAAGAUGAGACGCAAAAGGUCCAGAUGCGGUUCCUUGUGGACCAAAUGAAAAGACCCGAUUACAUGGAUGCGCUACAGAAUUUCACAUCUCCUCUCAACCCUGCCAACCAACUGGGCAGCCUGAGGUUAGAUGAAUGCAGGAUCAUGUCAUCUGCAAAAAGACCAUUGUGGCUCAACUGGGAAAAUCCAGACAUAAUGUCUGAAUUGCUCUUUCAGAACAAUGAGAUUAUCUUCAAAAAUGGAGAUGAUCUGCGACAAGAUAUGCUGACUCUGCAGAUUAUCAAAAUCAUGGAGAAUAUUUGGCAGAAUCAGGGACUGGACCUACGAAUGCUGCCAUACGGCUGUCUGUCAUUGGGAGACUGUGUGGGCCUCAUUGAAGUGGUUCGUAGCUCACACACCAUCAUGCAGAUUCAGUGUAAAGGUGGCUUGAAAGGGGCUUUGCAGUUUAAUUCAAACACUCUGCAUCAGUGGCUCAAAGAUAAGAACAAGGGCGAGAUGUAUGAUAUGGCGGUGGAUCUUUUCACAAGGUCAUGUGCUGGCUACUGCGUAGCUACGUUUAUUCUUGGUAUCGGAGACAGGCACAACAGCAACAUUAUGGUCAAAGACGAUGGACAGUUGUUCCACAUAGACUUUGGACAUUUCCUGGAUCACAAGAAGAAGAAAUUUGGCUACAAGAGAGAGCGGGUGCCCUUUGUAUUGACCCAAGACUUCCUCAUUGUCAUCAGUAAGGGGUCUCAGGAGUGUGCCAAAACCAAAGAGUUUGAAAGGUUCCAGGAAAUGUGUUACAAAGCUUACCUUGCAAUCCGGCAGCAUGCCAACCUGUUCAUUAACUUGUUCUCCAUGAUGCUGGGCUCCGGCAUGCCUGAGUUGCAGUCAUUUGAUGACAUUGCGUACAUUAGGAAGACACUGGGACUGGAAAAAACUGAACAGGAGGCGUUGGACUAUUUUAUGAAACAAAUGAAUGACGCUCACCACGGGGGGUGGACCACUAAGAUGGACUGGAUUUUUCACACAAUCAGACAACACGCACUAAACUGAGCCGCACACCGACCUUUUCCAUUCGCCGCUGCGUGGUCCUCGCUUGAAGGUUUGAGGUGUCACUGGAUUUUUUAGUCCUACCCGUGUUCUCCAGUGUGUUGUUAUGUGUGUUGGAGCCUCAAUAUACUGGAAGUUCCUUCAUCGAGGCUGACAGAAUGCAUUCUUUGUUUUUGUUGAUAUUUCUAGACCAGGGGUCACCAACACGGUGCCCGCGGGCACCAGGUCGCCCAAAAGGACCAGUUGAGUCGCCCGCUGGCCUGUUCUAAAAAUAGCUCGAAUAGCAGCACUUACCAGUGAACUGCCUCUAUUUUUUAAAUUGUAUUUAUUUAGUAGCAAGCUGGUCUCGCUUUGCUCGACAUUUUUAAUUCGAAGAGAGACAAAACUUAAAUAGAAUUUGAAAAUCCAAGAAAAUGUUUGAAAGACUUGGUCUUCACUUGUUUAAAUAAAUUCAUUUUUUUUUUUUUACUUUGCUUCUUAUAACUUUCAGAAAGACAAUUUUAGAGAAAAAAAACAAUCUUUAAAAAUUAUUUUUGAAUUUUUAAACACAUAUACCUUUUUACCUUUUAAAUUAAUUUCUCUUCUUUCCUGACAAUUUAAAUCAAUCAAUCAUUCAAUGUUUACUUAUAUAGCCCUAAAUCACUAGUGUCUCAAAGGGCUGCACAAACCACUACGACAUCCUCGGUAGGCCCACAUAAGGGCAAGGAAAAACUCACACCCAGUGGGACGUCGGUGACAAUGAUGACUAUGAGAACCUUGGAGAGGAGGAAAGCAAUGGAUGUCGAGCGGGUCUAACAUGAUACUGUGAAAGUUAAAUCCUUAAUGGAUCCAACACAGUCGCGAGAGUCCAGUCCAAAGCGGAUCCAACACAGAUCCAAAUCAAUGUUCAAGUAAAUUCAUUUUUUUAUUAUAAAGAAUAAUAAAUAAAUUUUAAUUUAAAUCUUCAUUUUAGCUUCUGUUUUUCCAAGAAAAGUUUUUGUGAACUAUUUCUUCAAAACUAUUACGAUUAAAUUAAAAUAAAAUAUUCUAGCAAAUCUAGAAAAUCUGUAGAAUCAAAUUUAAAUCUUAUUUCAAAGUCUUUAGAAUUUCUUUUAAAAUUCUUGUUCUGGAAAAUCUAGAAGAAAUAAUGAUUUGUCUUUGUUAUAAAUAUAGCUUUUGCCAAUUUGUUAUAUAUUCUAACAAAGUGCAGAUUGGAUUUGAACCUAUUUAAAACAUGUCAUCAAAAAUAUAUAUUUAUUGUGAGAAAUCAUUAAGAUGAUCAGUGUUUCCAAAAAGAUAAAUAUCAUUAAUUAUUAAUAAUAACAUUGAGUUAACGAUAAAUUGACAAAAUUGGCUAUUUCUGGCAAUGUAUUUAAGUGUGUAUCAAACUGGUAGCCCUUCACAUUAAUCAGUACCCAAGAAGUAGCUCUUGCUUUCAAAAAGGUUGGUGACCCCUGCUCUAGAACAUGGAGAAUGGACAUUGCUCCUUAAAUGUGAGAGGAAUCCAUAAUGUGUGUGCGUGUGUGUGUGUGCGUAUUGUCCUGCUGCAAAAGGAGAGGCUUGCCUGGAAAACUUUUUGUGCCAAAAAGCUGGAUGGCGCAAAAAAAUGAUUAAAAUCGCAUAAUGGUGUUUUACUUCAGUAGUGGAACCUGUGUGCUGGCUGCCACUGCACACAGUUUUUAGUCUUCCGCCAUGUUUGUGGUAUAACAAGCUAAAGCGGGCACGUCUUUGCCACUUUUAGUAACCUUUUGCAUAUGCAGAGCUUGUCAUUGGCAACUUAUCAGUAUCCCCCCCAGCCUUAAAGAGAAAGCACUGCAGGCUCGGCGGCAUUUGUUGGUGGUGCACUCGAGUACUUUUGAACCACCUUUCAGGGUUAUGUUGCGUCCUUAAAAGCCACUAUUUGGAACUACUGGAACAAUAUUUCUGAAGGUUUUAUGUAUGUCUUUUUAUUCAUUGUUAUUGUGUUACUUCUUUCUGUUUGCAGUUUUCACCUUGGGGAAAACAUUUCAAUAUGGCCAUUGUUUACUUUUUAUUUUCAGGUUUAUACAGACAUUGACAAAGCAGUCACUGCAAACUUUAGGGUGUUCGGACUCGGGUCCACCCGAAGAGAGCGACAGGCGAUUCUUCUUUGGUUAUUUUGUGUACUUGUUUCCGUAUGUGAAGGACCGAUUUAGGAACUCCGUAAUAACGUCGCUAUUGGAAUAAUAUCCACAGACGACAGCAGACCAUGUAUUUGGCAAUUUAGCUCUGAAUUUUACUUGACUACUUACUGUGACUACACUUGUUCCUCUUCCAUCCUCUUUAUUAAUGGGUCGACGGUGCAUCGACCCAACAAUAAAGAGUCCUUUAAAAAAAAUGGUGAAUCGAGACGGUGAUCCAGAUUGCUCCCAACUUUUAAUCAUUUGUUCCUUUUCCAAUUUCUGGUAUUUCCUGAAAGUUCAAUCAAAAUCUGACAAUAGGAGCAGAAUUAAAUAAACAGAAUGGACCCUCUUGUCAGUCAUCCACUCUCUAUGUCUCUGUGGGUGUAGGCAGGGAGGCUAAGAUCCAUACAUAGAGCAGUUCAGAGUCGUAACAUGGUAGAAAUGAUCUGGCUCACCCCCAUAAUAUAAACACCUGUAUCUGACAUAUUCUGAAAGUUCAUGAAAAUACGCCAGUUUUUUAGCUAUGUUGCUAUCUUAACGGACAGGCAAAUAAACCUCAGUUAAUACAUUAAUAAGAUAAAAUGAUUCAGUGAUAAAUGUUUCAGACAUCUCAAUUCAUCCCGAACAGCUCAGAAUCAAUAUCUAUCGGAUAAUAUGACACAAACUUAAAUCAUUCAAAUUGAAUUCAGAAAAUGGAUGGCUGGAUACUCACCAGAGAUGCAAAUGAUCUAAAAUUCCAAAUUAAAUAGAUUAUGUGCAGAUCGCUACAGACUAUUCAGUUUAUUCGAUUUAGCAUGUCGAAAAGUUUUGCUCUGAUCAACCAAUCAGAGGAUUGAAAAAUGCAGCCAUUCUCGUACGCCAAUACUAGCUGGCUCACCGUGAGGAGGAUCUGAAAUUUGAUUGGUGAAAGAAGCAGCACCAUUGCUAAUAGUUUAGGCCAGCACUACUGAUUCUGAAGGCCUUGGGUUGAGUACUCCAAUCAGAUUUCGGUUUCGAACACAUACUGGUAGCCGUGCAGCCAGCAGACAAGCGACAAAAUGAACAUGUUACCGUAAACUGUUAGGAUUCUUGAGUAGGGUUGCAAAGGGGUGGAAAGUUUCCAGGAAACUUUCCGGAAAUUUACCACAGGACUUUAAGCUCGGGAAUUUUGGAAAUAUUGACCAUUUAAUAAUGCCUUUUUGUAGAAGCGUAAAACGUUAUUAUUGCACAUGGCUUCUGCAAUGUUACGAUCACUGUUGCCAACCCUAGCUCUAAAACAUUGAUUUAAUUAGCCUCGUUUAACAGUGCCCUUGACUAUGUCUGUUUGGAAGUCGCUUCCUCGCAGUUCCACUGAAGACACGGCACAAGAGCCCAGCGUGCAGUUUUUAACAAAGGUUUAAUGUACAUAGUUUUUUUCAAAGUCUAUCUCCCAACAGAACUUGGCUUUUCAGUCUCCGUCCGUAUCCUCUGUUCUUCUGCUCCCGUCCGCUUACUGUUAAAGACAACAGAUGAUUAGAUUAACACCUACCACCUGUGAAAUCUAAUCACCUGCCAGCCGUGUCUCGCCGUCAGCACUUCCACGGUGCUCUGUCCUCAGCACCAUGGACAGAGGCGGUGACUUUUGCUCCUGCAUCUCCCCUCACAGUCUGCCAUGAGAUUGUUGAAUGUUUUGCGUAGCUGCAUUUUUAUUAGUUACUAUAUUUACGCACACUUAACUGACUUUUGUCUCUCCUAUAACAAAAAAUAGGACUCAUGCCUUUUAGUAUGAGUCGCUUUAAAGAAUCUUUAAGGUGUGCUAAGGACGCACAUUGUAUAAGACAACUAUCAUUCGGGUAUACAAGGUCAACGUGUCAACACAAACUGUCAGUCCAGUGGUUGAUUGUACUGGAACUGUGAUGCUGGCUAGAAUGUAUUGAUCUGCUACCACAGGCCUUUACCGUAUGUGCACUCCUUAUUUAUGUCAGGUCUUAAUGUGUUUUGAUAUUUUUUCCAUGCCGCUCAAAAUUCCUCACGCAGUUGAUCCGAUUUAAAAAUAUAUUUAUAUGUUUGUUGCAGACUUUGCAAGAAAGAAAACUGCACUUAAAAGUUGUUGAACACAAUUGCCUUUCCGUCCAAAAGUGAGGGUAGAAAUCACACCUUUUUUCUUUAUGUUGCUUCUAAAGCAUCACUACAUGGAAACUAUUUAGCAGUAUGCAUGUAGACCAGGGGUCUCAAACAUGCGUUAUUUUGUGGCCCGCACCAUGAUGUAAAAAUGUAAUGUUGGUGUGGCCCGCAAGUUUAAUAUGAAUGGCGCUUUACAGAUUCAUACUUUUUUCCGAGAGACUACCGAUUUUCAGUGCCCCUCCAGGGGUGUUCUUUCUCCCGAACUUCACCCCAAACAACAACAUUAAGGGGGCACCGUGGAGGCGCAGCCUUUAUCGUACUCUACAUCUUGUACAAACAACGUGCCAGCCCAGCCACAUGCUGAGUCCGACUUUCGAAUAUUCAGUAAGCGACUGCAAGACAUAGUUGGUCAACAGCCACACAGGUCACACUGAGGGUGGCCGUGUAAACAACUUUAUCACUGUUACAAAUAUGCGACACACUUUGAACCCACACCAAACAAGAAUGACAAACACAUUUUGGGGAGAACAUCCAUACCUUAACACAGGGGUAGGGAACCUAUGGCUCGCGAGCCAGAUGUGGCUCUUUUGAUGACUGCAUCUGGCUCUCGGAUAAAUCUUAGCUGACAUUGCUUAAUAUUUUAAGUAAUGAAUGAUUCCACUUGUAAUCACAGUGUUGAAAAUAAUGUUCAAAAUAUAAAUCAUUCUCAUACAUUUUUAAUCCAUCCAUCUGUUUUGUACCGCACCCGCUCAAGAAUUUGCGUUAAUGGUAAGUUAUUUAUUUAUUCUUUGUUAGUGUGGGGCUUGCCCUCCUGGGGGUUUGUCAGACCACCAAGGACCAACAUGAGCGUCUGUUUCAGGGUUACAAUAUUGUUUUAUUUUUCAAAAAGUCUCUCAGUUGCUUUCCAGCAAUUGUAUUUUUCUCUUUCGUUUUCCCUCGCGCUCUGGCUCCAGCCCCAACCCCGUCUCUCCUCCUGGCUGCUGCUUAUAACGGAGUGACAGGUGAUUAGAUAACAAGGCCCAGGUGGGCCAUCUACGCACCUGUCGCUGAUUUCGAGGCCGGUCCUGGCACACCCCAGUUCGCUGCAGGCCAACAGGCCACGCCUCCUCCGCAGUUAGCUCGAGAAUAACAAUGUCAUUACAAAGAAUAAGAGACCUAUUAUACUCUAGAAAUGUUGGUCUUACUUAAAAAUGCACGCGUCUAGUUUUGUUCAGUGUAAAAAAAAAUAUUAUAUGGCUUUUACGGAAAUACAUUUUAAAAUAUUUGGCUUUUCGGCUCUCUCAGCCAAAUAGGUUCCCGACCCCUGCCUUAACACAACAUAAACACAACAGAACAAAUACCCAGAAUCCCAUGCAGCCCUAACUCGCCACCACAGAUGUCAAAUACAACAUGUGGCUGGGCUGGCACACUGUUUAUAUGGCGGAAAAGCGGAUGAGAAGGCGGGUCGAAAAGGUAGCUAGAGGCAGUGCCAUCAAAGCACCCCCUAAUAAUAUUUUCCGGGUGAAAACUUGAAGAUUGGAUGCCUUGGGAGGGGCACUGAUACUCAUGGUUUCCCGGAAAGAUCGAGAGAGUUGGCAAGCAUGUUGCUAGGGCGGGAAAGCUUUUCAAAAAAUGUGGAUACAUUAAAAAGUGCAUGUUAGAACAUUUUUCUUGCGGCCCAGCUUCAGACAGUUUCUGCAUUGAGUGGCUCCCAGGUCAAUUGAGUUUGAGACCCCUGAUGUAUAGACGGUCCAGACCAACAACUUGUGUGUAUUGUAGACCUGAAUGUCCUUGCCGUGUGUGCAUGUGUUCUUACUGUUUGUCUGCACGGGCUGCAGAACAUCACUGGCAGGUCCCAGUGACAACCCCACUAUGAAUUUCUACUCGUGUGUGUGUGUGUGUGUGUGUGUGUGUGCGUGUGCAUUUGUCACUCAUUUCUAGCAUAUUAGUCUUGUUUAAUUUAACGAGAGUGAGGAAUUGUAAAAUGAGGAAAAAAAUGCAGAUUUUUGGCAUUCCAUGUUUCCAGAAAUUGCUUUUAAACCCGAUUGUGUGUAUGGAGGAGUGAUGAUUACAAACACGGUCACAUGGUCUAACACUGAGCACCCCCAAAACAUAAUGCAAUCCAAUGCAAAUACAGGAUAUGUGAAAUGAAGAAUUCAUGUUUUUGAUUGUGUUUCCGUCUAACCGUUUGAACAUAUUUCCCUCCAUCGGAUCUACUGUAAUUUUGGGUGUGACUAAUUGUGCUCUCGGGCCUUUAAACUGAAUGGAUAUUGAGGGUUGUGGAAAUACACUAAUUCCUGUUUAGAUCAAAAUAUUGUUGAUGUUUUAUUACAUAUCAUCCUUUUGAAAUGACCCAGGGUAGGGCUGGGCGAUAUGGCCUUUUUUUAAUAUCUCGAUAUUUUUAGGCCAUUUCACGAUACACCAUAUAUGUCUCCAUAUUUUGUCAUAGCCUUGAAUGAACACAUAUAAUCACAGCAGUAUAAUAUUCUAUGUGUCUACAUUAAGACAUUCUUCUUCAUACUGCAUUAAUAUAUGUUACUUUUAAACUUUCAUGCAGAGGGAAAUCACAACCAAAAGUGUAUUUAUUAAACAGUUAUUAAGCAGUGGUACAAACAUUCAUGUCAUUAACAAAACAGAAAGUGCAAGAUUGUGAGAGACAUUUUAAAACAAGCUACGAGUGCACUUUUGUGCAUGAUGUCACUAAGAUGACUUAUCAAAACAACACUCAAUUAGAGUGCACUUUUUGUACAGAACGCCACUACAAUAGUUUAAAACUAAUAAAGUGCACUUUUGUGCAUGAUGUCACACAAGAUAUUUCAAUAACUGUCAAAUAGAAAUGAGCUGCAUAAUAGGAAAUCAAAUAAUGUACGUCCUUCGCUAUGUGGUAGGUUAUCUCCUUCUGUGUGAGGACUGGUGGGCAUGGUAAUGCCAGGUUUGUCCCUCCAUGGAUGUGUUGACAUGAACACAACAAAGGUAGGCUCUUCAAAUAUUCAUUUAACAAAAAGAGAGCUCUGAACAGAAAUACUGGAGCUAAUAAAAAGGCAAACCAAAAACGCUAGUAUGAAAACCAGGGAGUAAAAAUAGACAAACUAAAAUAGCACGUUGGCACAAAAGAGAAAACAAAUCAUCGGUAUGUAAACUGGACAAAACAAGUGGCUUAGCGUGAGAAGCUAGCGAGAGUAGAAAUACUUGCGUGAAAGCAAAUGAUCAAAAUCCAGACGUACAGUGACGUGGAAGCAAACUGUGAACCCAGGCCGAAUGAACAGAAGACUGGCUUGAAUAGGAGGGUGAUAAUUAGUAGCAGGUGUGCGGGGCGAGACUAGCAGGUGGACUGAUGAGUGACCAUGGUGACAAAGCAAACAGGAAAUAAGGAGUCGGAGAAAUAUACAAAAUGGAAAAAUAAAUAGUGUAGAUCUGAGCAGCAGAUCGCAACAUUCUGUUGUUGACUAUGUUUUUCAUACAGUGUUUAUGUGGAAAUGCUUGCCUCGGUAUUUUGUUGGUGUGGCACCGAACGGAGAUGUUGACAUGCGGAGUAAACACUCUUCAUUUUCUAGCAGGUGACUUUUCAAUUGAUGCUAAAUAUUAGCAGUAAUGCCACUUUUUGUAGCACACUUGACAAAUUACGGUUGUCUGUUCGACAUCUUCCCGCUUGAAGCCAAACCACCGCCGGACGAUGGACCCCCUGCUGUUUUUCUUGGAAAUUAUUUCUUCCUUCAUUUCUUACCAGAUUCGCACCUUCUUCCUCUCGUAUUACCACUCGCACCACAGCUAACGUUACCCAUGCCGCUACCUCUCUGCUCCGCGGGGGCGCAUACCAGGGGUAGGGAACCUAUGGCUCGCGAGCCAGAUGUGGCUCUUUUGAUGACUGCAUCUGGCUCUCGGAUAAAUCUUAGCUGACAUUGCUUAAUAUGAUAAGUAACGAAUGAUUCCACUUGUAAUCACAGUGUUGAAAAUAAUGUUCAAAAUAUAAAUCAUUCUCAUACAUUUUUAAUCCAUCCAUCUGUUUUCUACCGCACCCGUUCAAGAAUUUGCGUUAAUGGUUAGAAGUUAUUUAUUUAUUCUUUGUUAGUGUGGGGCUUGCCCUCCUGGGGGUUUGUCAGACCACCAAGGACCAACAUGAGAGCCUGUUUCAGGGUUACAAUAUUGUUUUAUUUUUCAAAAAGUCUCUCAGUUGCUUUCCAGCAAUUGUAUUUUUCUCUUUCGUUUUCCCUCGCGCUCUGGCUCCAGCCCCAACCCCGUCUCUCCUCCUGGCUGCUGCUUAUAACAGAGCGACAGGUGCGUCUGCUUCACAAUACGAAGGUCCUGCAGUCCUGGGUUCAAAUCCAGGCUCGGGAUCUUUCUGUGUGGAGUUUGCAUGUUCUCCCCGUGAAUGCGUGGGCUCCCUCCGGGUACUCCGGCUUCCUCCCACUUCCAAAGACAUGCACCUGGGGAUAGGUUGAUUGGCAACACUAAAUUGGCCCUAGUGUGUGAAUGUGAGUGUGAAUGUUGUCUGUCUAUCUGUGUUGGCCCUGCGAUGAGGUGGCGACUUGUCCAAGGUGUACCCCGCCUUCCGCCCGAUUGUAGCUGAGAUAGGCGCCAGCGCCCCCCGCGACCCCAAAAAGGGAAUAAGCGGUAGAAAAUGGAUGGAUGGAGGUGAUUAGAUAACAAGGCCCAGGUGGGCCAUCUACGCACCUGUCGCUGAUUUCGAGGCCGGUCCUGGCACACCCCAGUUCGCUGCAGGCCAGCAGGCCACGCCUCCUCCACAGUUAGCUCGAGAAUAACAAUGUUAUUACAAAGAAUAAGAGACCUAUUAUACUAUAGAAAUGUUGGUUUUACUUAAAAAUGCAGGCGUUUAGUUUUGUUCAGUGUAAAAAAAAAUAUCAUAUGGCUCUUACGGUAAUACAUUUUAGAAUAUUUGGCUUUUUGGCUCUCUCAGCCAAAAAGGUUCCCGACCCCUGGCGACGUAUGUGACGUAGAAGGAGAGACAAGAAAGAGGGAGAAGAGCCUGUAGUGUAAUGCCCGCAGCUAAAAGCAACUGCGUGAGAACGUAUACUCCAAUAUCACCACAUAGUCAUUUUCUAUAUCGCACAGACAACCCCGCGAUAUAUCGAGUAUAUUCCAUAUAUCGCCCAGCCCUAACCCGGAGUAAUAUAGAGGCAGUGAUUUACAUGUUGUCUUUGUUUUUAUACUGUGUUUUAUUGUACAUUACAUGUUAUCAUACAACCUUAGCCAUUACUAUGAAUGAGCAGUGCCCCAAUGUAUUGUUUUUUCACAUCCUAGCUGCAUGAGAUUGUAUAAAUGUUAAGUGUUUACCAUGCAAAGCAGUUACAAAUAUUCGUAAACGAAUGCCUUAAUGUUCCCCCUCCUGACAGGUUCAUCUUCUCAUUACCAUGUUUUAUUUAUAACUACUGUAUAAUGUGUUGUUUUUUUCCUUGUUCAAGUUUGCACCCGGACUGUCUGACCAUACGAGUGUUUUGUGAGGAUGUACAAAUACAUUUGGUAAACAUUCA